GCCUUGAAGGAGAGAGAAUCUUUCAUUACAAGCAACAACAACAUGGCGGACAGCGCGUUCAGUGAGGCGGGCAAGAAGGCUGGGCUUGAGGCCUGGCGCAUUGAGGAUCUAAAGCCUGUGGCCGUGCCAGCCGCCGAGCAGCACAAGCUGUACAGCGGCGACAGCUAUAUCUUCCUCAAGACGAGCGAGGCGACAACUGGCUUGACGUGGGACAUCCACUUCUGGCUGGGCAAAGAAACGUCCACCGACGAAAGUGGCGUUGCCGCGUACAAGACCGUGGAGCUAGACGACGCACUGGGCGGCGUACCGGUGCAGCACCGCGAGUGCCAGGGCCACGAAUCGCCGUUGUUCCUGUCGUACUUUAAGUCCACAGGUCUGCAAUACCUCGAGGGAGGUGUGGCCAGUGGCUUCAACGAGGUCAAGCGCGACGAGUACGUGACGCGUCUGUACCGUAUCAAGGGUAAGCACACGGUUCGCGUCGAGCAGGUGCCGCUGAAGAGCUCGUCGUUGAGCGUGGACGACGCCUACGUACUCGACGCCGGUCUUGAGCUCUAUCUGUACGCCGGCAAGGACGCUAACCGUCUGGAGAAGUCCAAGGCUCUUGAGUUCAUCACCAAGACCAGAGAAGCUCGUGGUGGUCGUGCUGACGUCACGUUCAUCGACGAAGACCCGGAGAACGUUGCGUUCUGGGCAGCUCUGGGCGGUUUUGAGACUGUGACGCGCUCGGGCGAGACGGACGAGCAUCACGAGAAUGCAGCCAAGAAGAACACAACGGUACUUCGUGUAAGCGGCGCCACUGACGACAAUCUGCAGGUUGCUGACGUCACUCCGUCAUCGGGAGUACUCACUAAAGACAUCUUGAAGACCGAAGACGUUUUUAUCGUUGACGUGGGCAACGAGGUGUUUGUAUGGGUGGGCAAGACCGCGUCUGAGAGCGAACGCAAGAACGCGUUGACUGUUGCUGUGCACUACUUGAAGAAGGAAGGUCGGCCGUCUCAUACGCCUAUUACUCGUGUGGUUGAAGAGGGAGAGACUCCGUUGUUCACUGCCGUGUUCAAGGCAUGGACGGAGCCUAAGGUGCUUAAGUUUGGCUAUCAACCGAGCAAGGGAGUUGCCAAGAUGCAGGAUGAUAAGCCGGUUGACGUUAAGGCGUUGGUGAAGGCUGCGUCGCAGGAUGAGGAGGAUAUUGGCGUGGAUCCGAACGGAGAUGGCAACCACCAAGUCACGGUGUGGCGUAUCGAGGACCUUGACAAGGUGGAAGUGCCUAAAGAGCAGUAUGGACAGUUCUAUGAUGGCGAUAGCUACAUUAUCCUGCAUGUGGUGACACCCUCGAGUGGCAAGCCUAGUCAGGUGAUUUACUUCUGGCAGGGACGCUCGUCCACGACGGAUGAGAAGGCUGCGUCGGCUCUGUUGGCCACGUUCUUGGACGACAGCAUGCACGGUACUCCUGUUCAGGUCCGUGUGACGCAGGGCAAGGAGCCGGCACAUUUCCGCGCGUUGUUUAAUGGAACGAUGAUCGUGCACGCCGGCGGCAAGGCCAGUGCAUUCACCAACCGUGACGAUGAAGAUUCGCACGACACAGAUGGAGUUUCACUGUACCAGGUGAAGGGGACCAACGAGAAGAACACACUGGCCGUUCAGGUGGACGAGGAGACCUCGAGCCUUACUUCUGGCGACUGCUUUGUGUUGGUGACACCUAGUAAGGUAUACGAGUGGCAGGGUAGCGGCAGUAGCUCUGUCGAGCGCGAGAUCGCGUCCAGAAUUGCCGCAAUCCUCAAGAAAAACCGCGAUGCCGACGUUGUAGAGGAAGGCAGUGAGUCUGACGAGUUCUGGGAGUUCCUGGGUGGCAAGGGCGAGUACGCUAAGACCAAGUCGUCGUUCGAAGCCCCGCACGAGCCUCGGUUGUUCCAGUGCUCGAACAAGUAUGGAUACUUCGACGCGCAUGAGAUCGUCAACUUCGGUCAGGACGAUCUCAACACGGACGAUGUGUUCAUCUUGGACACGUACACGACUCUGUACGUGUGGAUUGGAGCUGGUGCUAACGAGCCCGAGAGACGCGAGGCCAUGGCUCUCGCUAACAAGUACUUGGCUGUGGUCAAGAGUGAUGGUCGUGGCGAGGGCACGCCGAUUGUGGCCGUGCACUGCAACAACGAGCCACUUAUGUUUACAAGCAACUUCUUGGCUUGGGACGACGAAUUUUUCACCAAGAACGAGUUCCUGGACCCGUACAAGGCUCGUUUGCACAAGUUGAAGGAGGAGAAGGAGAAGAACGCCCCUAAGGACCUCCCUGGUACGAUCACGAACGAAGAUAUCCGUGAAAAGGAGACUCCGCAGUCUCCGAAGGCUCCGGCAUCGCUUAACGUGGCGGCAAAGGCAGUCCCUGUUCUACCGACGGAGGUUCCUGUCCCGAAGGCCACCCCAUCGUCGCCCAAGGUGACGCCGGUGUCACCGAAGGCUGCCGCUCCUCCCGCCCCCGCUUCUGCGAAGGCCACGGGUACCGCAGGCGAGACUUUCACAUACGAUGAACUGAGGGCUGGCGUUGAGGGGAUCGACAUUGCUAGAAAGGAGGACUACCUCACGGACGCCGAAUUCCACACGGUUAUGGAAAUGAGCAAGGACGAGUUUGAGAAACUCCCCAAGUGGAAGCAGCAGGCGAAGAAGAAGGAAGUCGACCUCUUCUAAGCUGCAAGACUGUGACUGGGGAGCCUUAAUUUUCUCUCGGUCGUGUCGUACAUGCUGUGAUGUGAAAAAGUUUUCAUAGCUUACGUGAAAUAUAGUAACGAAAUACAACAUGCAACAUUGCAACUGUA